AAAAAAAAAAUUUAUCCUCCCGCAACCGUCCGCAACCUCAAACGCUAGCUGGAGCAAGCUUUUGAAUUUAUGAGAUUCGGAGCAGUUUGAAGCGGUUUAGAACGAUUUGAGUGAUUGUUGCAAACCGCCGACAACCGCUACCAACCGCAAAAGCUGCGUUUGCGGGUGGAUUGCGGUUGGUAGCGGAAAAACCAGUAGUCCCCUUAAUCAUGCACACAUUAGCAAUAUAUAUAAGGAUAUUCUCUUCCAUACUAAUGUUCUUAUCCUCCGAAUAUAAUUUAACAUCGAGUAGGAACAACACAAAAUUGGGCUGGAGAGACUAUAUACUCAUAAAUUUUGAUUGUGAUCAUGUUGGAGAUAACCCUCAUUAUAAUAUAUCCUCUCUUUUUUAAAGGGUGUUGGUCGUAAUAGUUUGAUUAUAUUAAUAUAUGUUCAUUAGAUGACACGACCAUAUAUGUCCAGUGACAAACAUAUUAGGCUUAGAAAAAUCAACAAAUAUAUGGAAACUAGCCUAAUUUGAUGUAAUCUUACACAUGAAAAUUCUAGACAAAAUGCGAAAUAAAAUUGGUUUGAUCAAUGAUCAUGAGUUUAAUAUUUAGCUUACAGUUUGAUAUUUAUAGUCAUAUCUUAGAUCAAUCAAUUAUUGGAUCGUUAGUCUUAGAUUUGACUGUAUUUAGAUGGCGACAUCCUAAGCAGCACACAAGAGUUUUUAAUUUUGAGAAAAGAGUUUAGUCACACGAGUUUAUGUACGUUUCAAAUUGACAUUUUAGUAUUUUUGCAUUUAUUGUGUUUUGUAAUAAUAUGUUAAAUACAAGUUGCAUCACCAAAAAAGAGCAUAAUGAUGUAUAUCACUUCUCUAAUUUGUAUAUUCCAGUAUCUUGUUUGGAUCUAUUUUCAGGCUCGGCUGCAUGAAACCUUAAAACAGGACAUUCUUGAUCGUUGCAUGUUUGCUGAGCCUGAGCUCAUAAACAGCCUAUGCGAACGUCGUAUUUGUUUAAUUCAAUAAAACACUUUCCUAGUAAUUAAAAUUUCAAACACAUGAAACGAAAUCAUUCAAAACAAACAAAUUAUUACUUAUUAGAUUCACGAAAAAUGAACCAAAAUCCAAAAGUUUGGUUAAGUUGUAAUAAGUAAUUGCACUAUACAAUUUGUGUCUUCGUGACUAUGUGUCGGUCCAUAUAUAUUAGGUAUAAUGGAACAAGGAAGCUGCUUGGUCUCAAAAACAGGGUUGGUUUCUGAUAAGUCAAAUUAGAACUCCUUAGCAAAACUGUAUAUAAUUAUAAAAUUUUCUAUAACCGGAGAGACCGGCCAUCAACUCCAAACUUGUUUUACUAGCGGCCUAAAUGCUAAGUUUGGUGAAGUUAAUUACACUAUACAAUUAGUGUCUUCAUCACUAUGUGUCGGUCCACAUAUAUUAGGUACAAUAGAACAACGAAGCUGCUUGGUCGUCAAAAAUGGUUGGUUUCCAAUAAGUCAAACUACAACUCCUUAAGAAAAAAAAUAUAAUUACAAAAUUUUCUAUAUCCGCAGAGAUCGACCAUCAUGAUUCAGCUUUAGUUAGAAUUUUACCUUUUUGCUAGCUAGUCUCCAAACUUGAUUCACUAGGGGCCUAAUAUUUACCCUUUCCACACAAACGUAUAUAUAAAUAAGCAUAUCGUUCAACUAAGUGCUUGUAAUAUGGCUGUUUUUUUUUUUGAAACAACUUGUAAUAUGGCUGUUUUAUCUCUCUCUUUUUGGUUAAAACAGUUUGGUCUUCUUGAUCGUUGAUAUAUAAGAUCAUAGUCACAUCUUGAAAACGCAUUGUCUUUCUUGAUUCAUAUCUGACAGCGAAUUCACAUGAGUAACUAAAUGUCCUCGAAAUUGUUUAUGCUACGUAUCAAUAGCAGCUUAAGAAAAUGAAAUCACAUGUAUUGCAUAAUGAAAUGUAUCUGAGAUGAAUAUUAUGUACAUGGUAUAAGCUAGAAAAUCUGAUGUGAAUGUUGAUCAAUGUGAGGAACACUACUGGGAACUUCUACUUGCACCAAAAAAUAGAUUAUAACUUUAUAACUAAUUUGUCACGAACAUAUCGCGUAUAUAUGUCAUAUGUGUAUAUUAUUGUACAUUAAAUGAAUCAGAAGAAGCUAUCGACGUCAAAAAAAGGUAGCAAUCAUGUUCACCGUAGUGUAUUUUGGAUUUAGUUAUUGGGAUAGUUAUAUUCUUAAUUAAAGUCACACAUGCGUCACUAACCACAAAACUCGUAAUCUAAGUAACAAAUAGCUAUACUAAUCAUAACGUUAAUUACCAUGAUAUUAUUUAUCCAGGAGAAAAGAUAUAUACUACUAUGCAUAAAAAGUCUUGUUUCUUCUUACUAUUUAAUAUAUAUGUAUAAUUUUUUGGUCAAACAUAUAUGUAUAGGUUGAAAAUGGAGCUUUUCUGGUAAAAUUAUGUUUGGCUAAAGUCCAUUAAAAGUAGAAUAUUAAGAUAACAGAGAGACUAUAAUAUAAGCAAAAGGUACGAAAUUGCUGCCAAGUUCAACUACGUAUCUACAUGAAAAGUCAAACCGUCGCUUGUCCGGAACAUUUUGUAUAAAAUGUUAUAAUACUCUAAAACUUUCAAUAACUCGUUCUCGACUCAAAUCUUUCUUUCUUUCUUUCGAUUCUUGUUCUCUUUUCACUUCAGGUUUGUAUUAUUCAAGGAGAAUCUGUAAUAUAAUAUAAGAUAUCUUGUGGAUCGAUUGUUGAAGAAGAAAAGGUUUGAUUCCCACAAUAAGAUCGAUCAUGUACACAAAGGUAAUAUACUUUACUAUCUCCUUCUCGAUUAAGCUGCACAAAUCUUUGAAGUAUAGUACCAAUAAAUAGAAUGCAUUAAAUUUUAUUUUGUUUUCACACCUAGUACAUAGCAUAUGGAAGUGUUAAAUGCAAAUGUAUCCCUUUUAUACGCCAAUGAACCCGGCUUUCCCCUCCCAAUUAUUCCUUUCAAAACACUAUUUUCUAAAAUAAAAUAUAACAAUUGAUGAAUACGUUGCAAAAUCUAACGGUAUCGCUAAUUGUUUUUAAUACAUUCAACCAAUAAAAUAAAACCGUUAAUUUUUUUAUUAACACUUUAUUCAAAAUCCACGUUUGUCCCAUGUGAUAUCCCUCCUUAUGUAGUAAACGUUUGUCCCAUGUGAUCUCCUCCUUAUCUAAUGCUUCUUCACCCACAAAUCUCACUUUAUACAUAUUGUGUUUGUUUCUUGUUCAUACUAUAUAUACAUUGCUAUAAAAAGCUCACAGAGAAAGUUAAAAACACACCAGCCUCUACGUUCUUAUAUGUCUCUCUUGUUUUCUUCAUAAUAAUAAGGUUUCGGAUUCUGAGAAAAUGGGUUUCAUCCGGCCACCGGCGGUGAGAAGCGGCGGGGAUUAUAUAGAGAGCAUUUUCGGAGAAUACUCCGCCGGUAAACCAAAGCCUGGCCGGAAACUCAACUUCGUGACGGCGCUUACGUUUCUUCAGUUCGCAUUUGCCGUCUACGCCACCGUGCUUCUUUACUACAUGAGUCCUUCCAUUGACUUACGGACCAAACCGGACUUCACUUGGGCCACUAAAUGGGCCCAUAACAUGCGUAGCUACAUUGUCACCCCUCACGUCGUCAGCCAUUUCCAAGACUCUAACAUUCCGGCGACGUUAUCUCCGGCGGAGGUCUGCGAGUACGAGAAGAUAGAUUUCUCGCAGAAGAAAUCAAACGACGAGAAGAUGAUCAAGAUGAAAAGGGAGCUAUACGACGACGUUUUGUCGUUCCAGAAGAAGAACCUUGGUUCCGAGAGUCUAGACGAGCUGAUGAAGAUGAAGUCUAAAUGGGCCUUAAACGGGCCUAACAAGCCCAAAGUAACAGUGAUACUAAACCACUUCAAAAGAAAAACGCUUUGCGCGCAGCUCGAUUCCCUCCUCCACCAAACGCUGCCGUUUCACCAUGUCUGGGUCCUUGCCUUCGGGAGCCCCAACGAAGCUUCUCUCCGGCGAAUCGCCGGAAGCUACAACGACUCUCGGAUCAGCUUCAUCAGCUCCAACUACGACUUCAAAUACUACGGAAGGUUCCAGAUCGCGCUGCAAACGGAAGCCGAUCUGGUCUACAUCCUCGACGACGAUAUGAUCCCCGGGAAGAAGAUGCUUCAGAUGCUCGCGCACGUCGCGGGGACGGAGAAGUACGAGAACUCGGUCCUGGGAAGCAUCGGGAGGAUUCUUCCGUUCCGGCAGAAGGAUUUCACGUUUCCGAGCUAUAGGAAGUUCCGAUCGAAGGAGGCGGGGCUUUACUUGCCUGAUCCGGCGUAUGACAUCACUCUAGAUCGGAUCCUACAGGUUGAUUUUUUGUCGAGCUCGUGGUUCUUAUCGGCUGAGCUUGUUAAAGCGUUGUUCAUCGAAAAGCCAUUCACAUUCGCUACUGGCGAAGAUCUUCACCUGAGCUAUCAGCUUCAGAAGUACAGAAACGCAGCUUCUUUUGUUCUUCCUGUGGAUCAAAAUGACAAGGAGACAUGGGGAGAUAGUGAACAUAGGCUCGCUUAUGUGUCCGAGACCACAGUGAUAUUCAAAAACAUCGUAGAAGUGAGAGACAACCAAUGGUGGAAAGCGCUUUCAACGGGUUACAUAACUCAAUGGGCUGCAAUGUAUCCGCAAAAGAUCGACGCUCUCUUUUACGCGCAUUCGAUCGAUGAGGUCAAAGCACUUGGCCCAUUGCUUGAAAAGUUCAGAACAACUGUUGGUAAAAAGGCUUACAUCGUGGUGUCCGGUGGGAAGUUCUGUCCGUGCGAGGAUGCUGCCUCGGCUUUGAACUGGCCUAAGGUGGUUUGCAGUGAGAGGAGGUUCAAGAUUUUUGAUUUGGAAGUUGGAGCUAUCUUGGGUGUGUCGAACUCAGAGGUACCUGUGUUGCAAGCUGUGUAUUCGAGCAUGAAAGGGCUUAUCAAGAUCCAUAACCCUAGCGUGGUGAUCACUGUAGCUGAUGCUGAUCCUAAUGUGAAGAAAGCUUUGAAAAUGGCUACUGAAACAAACGUUAAUGGUACUGCAUUGGUUCUUCUCCCGAGAGCUUCUAUCUCCAAGGUUCUGUGGAUGGCUGAUUUAAGAUCAACAGCAUUGCCAAAUUGGAAUAAGAUGAGAGUCUCAGUGAACAUCAUCACACAAAACCGAGCUCAAUCAUUAUUAAGACUUCUAAAGUCUUUAAGCAAUGCGUACUACCUAGGCGACGAGAUACCUCUCAGCUUCAACAUGGAUAGCAAAGUGGAUGAAGAGACAAUAAAAGUAGUGACCACAUUCGACUGGCCUCAUGGUCCCAAAACAUUAAGAAGAAGAAUCAUCCAAGGAGGCUUAAUCCGAGCAGUGAGCGAGAGUUGGUAUCCAGCCUCUGAUGAUGACUUUGGUCUCUUACUUGAAGACGACAUCGAAGUCUCUCCUUACUACUACCUUUGGAUCAAAUACGCUCUCCUCGCUUACCACUACGACCCUCAAGUAUCUUUCCCGGAGCUCUCCUCCAUCUCUCUUUACACACCAAAGAUCGUAGAGGUAGUUAAAGAGAGACCUAAAUGGAACCCAACAGAGUUCUUCAAACAGAUCCAUCCACACACACCUUACCUCCACCAGUUACCUUGCAGCUGGGGAGCUGUGUUCUUCCCAAAGCAGUGGAGAGAGUUCUACGUCUACAUGAACAUGAGAUUCACCGAAAACGCUAAAGAAAACCCGGUUCAGAUACCUAAAUCAAGAACCAACGGUUGGCAAGCUUCUUGGAAGAAGUUCUUGAUCGACAUGAUGUACCUUAGAGGUUACGUUAGUCUCUACCCUAACUUCCCUAACCAACAAAGCUUCUCGACCAACCACAUGGAGCCAGGAGCUCACAUUGCAGCCAAAGACAAUGUGGUGAAACACGACAAAACUGAUUUCGAAGUUCCUUUGCUUAUGGAUGAUUUUAGAAACUUCUUGCCGAACCUGAAACUCCCUCCGGCAUCGAAGCUUCCAUCACUUAACCUCUUUAACGUCCCGGUUUCUCUUAAAGGUCUUAAAGCUGCAGGAGCUAAGCUUGGUCAAGACGUUCUUCGUUGCAACAAUGUCUCUGAGAUUGUUGCUGUUAAUCAUCAAACAGGUUUACCAGCUAGGUGCAUGAAGUUCUGAAGAUAGUUCCGUUUUAACGGAUGAUUCUUUGUUUUUUUACUACAUGAUUUAAGGUUUAAAAAUAUGUAUAACACAAUGAAAAUUUGAUCAAAACAUACACACAAACAACCAAAAGAAAAGAGUUGUCUAAAUGUAAAUUUGAUUAGCCUUUUCUAAUACACUCACAAGAGAUGAGAUUACUACACAAACGACCAGUUUACAAAAGAGAAA